UUUCUCUUUUUUAUUGGUGCAUUCUUUUCUUUUCUUCUUAACCUCUGAUGCCUACUUUUUCCUUUACCCCCUUUUUUCCUGCCGGAUAAAUCGGUGCCUCUUUUGUGGGAUUUUUCUGUCUGAGGUUUUUGCAGAGGUUUGGUGCUUCUUUUGGAUUCUGGUUCUUGAGCAGAAUUUCUGAAAUUCACGGUGGUGAUGUAGAAGAGUUAAACCUGUAAUUAAGAAAUCUAUUUGUUUUGUGAAGAGUACUCCGAUGGAAGGAACUGAUUCUCGGCACUGGGAAGAUCUUCUACCAGAUGCACUUGGCCUAAUCUUCCACAACCUCUCUCUCCAGGAGAAAUUAACUGUGAUACCUAGAGUAUGUAAACCAUGGAGCAAAGCAGUGAUGGGCCCUUACUGCUGGCAAGAGAUAGACAUUGAGGAGUGGAGCAAUCGAUCUGAGUCGGGUGAUGUUGAUCGAAUGCUACGAAUGUUGAUUACAAGGAGCUCCGGUUCUCUGCGAAAGCUGUGUGUUUCUGGACUACAGAACGAGAAUAUCUUUGAUUUCAUUGCUGAACACGCUCGUUCUCUGCAGACCUUAAGACUUCCCAGAAGCGAAAUGUGUGAUUCAACAAUGGAAAAGAUUGCUGGGAGACUUUCUAUUCUAACUUUCUUGGAUGUGAGCUACUGCAGUAAAAUUGGUCCGCGAGCUUUGGAGGCUAUUGGAAAGAACUGCAAAUUUCUCGAAAGACUGCGCCGAAACAUGCAUCCACUGGAUGUCGAGGGUAAGCUUUUGCAGAACAAUGAGGCUUAUGCCAUUGCAACCACUAUGCCAAAGCUCAAGCAUCUUGAAAUAGCAUAUCAUGUUGUCGAUACGAUAGGUGUUCUAGAGAUAAUCACUAGCUGCCGCGAGCUCGAAUUUCUGGACUUGAGAGGAUGUUGGGAUGUGAAAUUUGAUGAGAAGUAUCUCAAAGACAAGUUCCCGAAGCUGAACGUUUUGGGGCCUCAUGUGGUGGACCAGUAUGAGAAAAAUGCUUGGGAAGAUUGCUCAGACUACUCAGAUUCAUUAUAUGAUGAUUAUGAGAGUUCAGAUGGGAUGUGGGAUGAUGAUGAAAGCCUAGAACUGCGGUUUUAUGGAGGAUAUGAUGAAGCCUCUGUUUAUGGAUGGCCUCCAUCUCCUUGAGCUCUCAUACAGAAAAACUAGCUUGCUGGUUAUCUGCCCUUCAAAGUAUGUGUUGGAAUAUAAAGAUGUCUGCUUGUUGGAUGUAUGAUGGUAUAUUUGUCUUGUGAACUAUACAUUCCUAGUAAGUCCAGUACUGCUUAUGCGCUCUUCUAAUU